AUGUUACGUAGCUCCCGAUCGCGACUGAGGGACCUUACGGCAGUCUCACAGCGUACCUUUUCUGCCAAUGCUGGAUUUGGAGGUGUCGCUGGACCAAAGAUUGCGGGUGUGCUGCGCUUUUACAAGGACGUGGAUGUUAAGGACGUCGAGGUGGAGGAGAACGGUUCUGAGCCGCGCAAGUUCUUUGCCGUGACGCUAGAUGGCAAGACAGUCAAGACACCGAGACAGCAUCCUGUACGGCUUCCUACACGUGCCAUGGCAUAUGCAGUGGCUCAUGAAUGGGAUGCACAGAGACAUGAUAUCCGUCCAGCUACGAUGCCCAUCAUGACGUUGGUGUCCACGGCACUGGAUCUCUUUUUUACGUCCAGUAGCCAAGAGACCAUCGAUGAGAUCAUGCACUAUUUUCACACGGACACAGUGUGCUACCAGGUCACAGCUGAUCAACAGGAGAAGCUCGUGGUACUGCAGCAGAAGAAGUGGAAGCCCAUUCGCAAGUGGUUUAGCGAUACGUUUGAAGGAGAAGUCGAUGUGAGCCAUGGAAGCAUUGACGGACUGGCACACGAUCAGCAGCUUAUAGCUAACGUCCGUGCAUACUUAGAAGAGCUGAACGACUUUGAACUGACGGCCAUGAGGACGCUGACAAAGGAGUGCAAGUCUCUGAUAACAGCGUUAGCAGUCUUUAAGCGCCACAUCACGGCGAAGGAGGCGAUCGACAUUUGCCGCGUGGAGGAGGAGUUUCAGAUUAACAAUUGGGGGCUUGUGGAGGGUGGUCAUGAUCUGGACCGCGUGAAUUGUGCCGUCAAACUCUCCAGUGCAUCUUUCCUGCUCUACCUGUUAGAGAACAAGCACUAG